AUGGUCUCUCUACUGAACAUCGCUGUCGUUGCAGCCGUCUCCAGCGUCGCCGCGGGAACUGCGGACGCAAGGAAGCUCUCUAGCGGCGUGUGCUACGCCCCGUGGCACCACCCGACCGUCAACUGGGAUGUCCUCGCUGGCGACAUGAACCAGGUCUCCCAGCACUUCUCCAGCAUCCGCACGUACCAAGCUCAAUUCAACGGAGUGAACGCCAUCAGCAUGGCGGCAGCAGCCGGCCUUCACAUUGCGGUGGGCGUGCAGCUUACGGACCCUCGCUGGAUCGACGCCGAGAUCCAGGCAGUCUGCGAUGGCUACGCCAAGAACGCGUGGGCGGUCGAAGCCGUCUACGUGGGCAACGAGGACCUCAAGAACGGCAACUUCGGCACGUACUCGGCCGACCAGAUCGCUGGCUACAUCCGUCGGGUCAAACAGUGCGUGGGUAACACUCCGGUCGGCUCGGCCCAGCGCAUCAACGAGUGGCUAGGUGCCGACAGCGCCUGGGCCUUGGCGAACGCUUGCGAUGUUAUCGGUGUCAACAUCCACCCGUUCUUCACGCCGGGCUCGCAGCCUGCCGUGAAGAAGCUGGAGGCGCAGUGGAACCAGAUGACGUCCAAGUUUGGCUCGGCCAAGGUCCGCCUCACGGAGACUGGCUGGCCGUACGCUGGUUCGUCCUAUGCCGGCAACGUCCCGUCGACUGGCGCCAUGACGCAGUUCUUCUACGACUACGUCUACGGAUGGUGCCCCGGCAAGAGCCAGUCGUACUGGUUCAUGAUGUACGACACGACCGUGAGCUACUCUGGCGCCGACUACGAGAAGCACUUCGGUCUCUUCGGCACGGACAAGUCGCAGCACAUUAGCCUGCCGUGA